AUGGAGUUGAAUCAAGAAGAUAUUUGGGAGUUCCUGCGCCGGACGUCGAGGAACAGCCCGGAACCUUACCCUGCCUUCUUUGAUGACGCCUGCUGCUUCCACAACUACGACGCUGAAUCCAGCUCGUCGCACCCUUCAGACGGAGACAGCCCUUCGCUCACCAUGUUCUCUGCCUCUCCCCUCUCCCACCGGUCCCAAGACUCACACUCCGAGACGUCAUCUGCUGCUACUCCUGACCCUCCACUCUCAAGCUCUCCACGCUUUGAUAUCCUUGACCACCACCUUGUUAGGGAUUCCGUUGAAGAUCUUGAUGGCCUUCGGGGCUUCGACGACAGGUUGACCACUCCCCAACUUGACAAGCACGAGCUUCCCAGGCCGACAAGACUUGACAUUCUCGGACCUGCCAAGCCUGCCAGAACUCGGGUCCUCCAAAAUGUCAAUAAGAUCAACGAGGUCAGAGACACCGGCGCCUUUACUUCUUUUCACCGAAAGAAUGAGGACGCUUUCAAGGAUAUUCUCCGGAAUUCUCGACCUGAGUUUGACGACCAUCUCUUCGAGGGCCAGAUCUUCUUGGACAGAAGCUGCACAGGCGUUGCGCUCCCAGCUUGCCUGAAAAACUUCACCUGCAAGACCCCUGGGACUAAUACCAUCACUCACAUGGGGUGCACAUUCUCGAGAAGUCCUUUGAAUCCUGCCUUAUCUCAAAGUCACCUACUGGAGUGGGCUGAGCGAUCCCUGUCGCCCGAGGAAUUCAGCACCUUCGAGGGCGGCAUUGAGUCGUUCAUCGGGGCCUACCUCAAGUUGGGUUAUUCCGGCCAGCGUCCUCAGCUCUCACUCCUCGAGAAAGUCCACAAAUUCAAGUCCGCCUAUAAGAUUUGCAGGGCCCCAACCCUCUUCUUCCUCCAACAAAACGGCAAAGCCGCCGAGGAGCUACCUCUCCCAGCCCAAGCGGAGCUGAGAGGCGUCGCUCGCGCGGCCCUCGAAUCUUCAGAGAGAGACAUCCUCAGUGAACUUGACAGGUACCUCAAGACACCCAAGAUCUCCGACCAAGACAGACCUGCGGUAUGGGCCGCUCUCUGGCAACUCAUGUUCGUGUACCGGGACCUGCUCCGCAACGUCCGACCCUGGCGCAAUAACGCCGAGGCCCUCUUCAACGCGGUCGCAGUCUUCUACGCGACCUUGUUCAGGACCAAAGCUGCGCUCAAAUCUUUGGAAGAAGUCAAGUCUGCCUGGCUGCCCAAUGACGCUCAACGUCAUGAUCUCGUCGGGGCGUUCGACCAUGCUCUGAGCCUGCGUGAUACCUUCUACCAGAGCAUCGUCGCCGGCAUUGCCUCUAUUGACGAGCGUCUCAAGAUCCUCGUUGUGGACCCUGAGAUGAAGGUGCUGAACCGCAGGGCGACUAAUAAGAAGCCUGCUGGCGCCAAACGAGGCGCUGCGCAUAGUCAUGAUGGCGACGAAGUCAUGGGCGGCUGUUGA